AGGACUGGUUGUCGUCAAGUCCAUAAGGCUUGAGCGAACGUUCCCACCUGCCAGAGGCUGGGAACCUCCUCGACAGCUGACCAGUCUCAACUCAGUUCAGCUCAGUUAAACAGUACCGCAUUACGGCAUCUGCACGUUUACAUUUCGGGAACAAAGGGCGGGCACACUUUUUAACUGUUUAGUGUUCUUCUAAACUUUCAAGUCGCCCGCACCAGCCAAUACCUCGUCAUGUUCCUAUGCUCUCGACGUCUUCUUGCGAUUUUUCAGUGUAUUAUCGUCUAUGAAGCAUUCACCGUCCUUGGUACUACUCUUCAACUACGGACGAUCGAUGAUGAAUUUGGGGACUCUCACACGGGCGUUCAACCCGUCUAUUUUCCCACACACAUCUGGUAUCAGGGAGCGAACUGCACAACUUGCCAACUCCAAUUACCCAACUCUCUUGCAUUUGGGGGAACAUGGCAUGUACCCUUCCAUGAUGCAACGAAAGUAGAUUACGGGUCUGAAAUCCGCUUCUCGUUCGGUGGAACUGCACUGUCUGUUUGGUGUAUUUUACCCAAUCCCAUUCCUUCCAGUGAUCCCACCUCACUGACUUCCGCUCCUACCACCAUCUACACUGUUCUUUUCAUUCUGGACGGAGUCGUUUUGGCCGAAAACUUCACCCAUAUCUCUGGAUCGAGCGACAUAUUCCAAUACAACGUCUCUAUAUUCUCGAUAGAGAACUUGUCGAACAAGAUACAUUCGUUUAGGAUGGUCAUUUCAUCGACCGACCCUUCUUCCAGUGUACUGUUUGACUAUGCAACAUACCUACGCUCGCCGGAUCCCUCUACAACCUUUUCCCGGUUCACAAAACGUGAUAGUGGAAGUGCUGGUCCGAAGCUCGGUCUUGGAGAGAUCCUGGGUGUGGUGUUUGGAGGGCUGUUCUGCGUGGUAGUCAUCAUUCUGGCUGUGUGGUAUCACCUUCGCUGGAGACGCCGACAACGACUUGUGGUAUCAGGAACUCGAACUGCAGUUAGAACGAAUAAGCCACCAAAUCGGUUCACGGUUGACCCCUUCAUUUUGGAUCCUUCGCGGUCAACGAUACUUCGCUAUCACGAUUACUCCCCAGGACCUUCCCCUUACACCUCCUCCUCUCAAUCCCGAUCCCAAUCGAACCCGAGUCAGACGAGUUCAAGCGGUGGGGGUAGUAGGUCUGGUGCAAUAAUGGCUCUGCCUUCCCAGGGAAGCGCAUCAUCUCCGAUGUUGUCUCUUAGCAGCAGUAGCGAGGCCCUCCGAGGUCAUGGGGCGAUGCCGCGUUCCAAUCCAUCUUCUCCUAUAUCACCCAUCUCUCAGAACAGCAACAACAACGUCGGAUCUGUCGGUCAAGAGAGCUCCAACUCUAGGUCUUCGCGACGACACGAUCGACGACACCGACAUCACAGACACGGGCAGCGUACACAUAUAACGGAGAUGAGGAGGGAGGUAGCAACUUUGCGGGCGCAGCAUCAAGAAUUGUUAGCGAGGAUAGAACAGCCUCAACUUCCUGCGCAAGUUGUUGAUCAAAACCACAAUCAAGAAAGGUUACCUGAAUAUACACGAUGAUCUCGCAUUUCGAUAUGGAGAGGAUCAUACAUACACCGUCCAAAGCGGUAUGUUCCGAUUACUCUCGUUGUGACGAUCCCAUGCGGCUAGCUCAAGGAUUUGAUGCAUCAUGAUUCGAAUCACCCGACUUCCGCUCCAUAAUAUUAGGCGAUCCCGUUCUUAAUGCUAAUACAACAGUAUCCCGGAACAACCGAUGGUUCCUUGAAUCUGCCUUAUUCAUACUACCUCUCUUAGUAAGGGAUCCUAGUUUGUGGGCUUAUAUAUGUGUUUCAACUUUAAUUUCAGCGCAAAGCCACUACAUGGUGGGCGCGAUUUGGGCGGAUAAGUGGAAAAGUAGAGUACAAUACUGGCAUUUCGGUUACGAAGAUUAUCUAUUUUUACUAAUGGAUUGUAUAGAUCGUGGUAAUACACAUGUGGACCCUACAUUCUACUAAUAGCACAGACGG